AUGCUGCCGCUGCCGAAUACGCUUAUUGAUCAAGAGGAGAAGACAAGAGCAUACUGGAUGACGGAGAUACUUGACGGAUCGUCAACUAUGGGUGUUGCUUGGAAUGUAUCGCUCACUCGGCCUCCGCCUCCUAUCUUACCGUCGGCGUCAACAACAACUUCCACCAACAGUACGUCGUUGCCAUCUGAGCAAAAUAUGCCUUGGUCUGCUUUCAGUGAUGAGCUUUGGACCACGAUGCCCGAGUUUUACAUCUCCGUCGCAUCCUUCGGCGAUCUGGAAACCUCCUCUAGUUUCACCUCGUAUGUCAACCUCGUCGUCAACGAAUUAUACAUUGUACAUCAAUUCCUCCAACAACCAUUCGAUCGUCGCACUGCAGCUGGGAGAGCAAAAUGGCAGGCAGAAUGCAAGGGCGUAGAUGAAAGGCUACAAAAGUGGCGUUCAUCAUCGACGUUAUUCAGUUCGGGGGUUAAGAGCUGCUAUGAUCAACAUCAGCAGCGCCAUAACCAGCACAGCCACUACGCCGCAAUGCCCUCGAGUCAUACGCCUCACACAACCGCGGCUGGAUCAAAUGUAGCAGUAGAAGAAAACAGGGACUUUGAUCCCAUCACCAUCCUUGCCUUCGCUAUGUACAACAUGGCCAUCAUCGCGCUCUACCAACGCCUUGCUUUUCCUGCGAAUGAAAUCGAACAGCCACACGGACCUUUCUAUCAUGCGAUACAACGAUGUUUAGACGCGAGCGAUGAGAUAACAAUGGUCGUGCGCAAUGUGAACGAUGCCGAUCUGGAGGAUAUGAGUCCUCAUCUUAUCUUCCCUCUAUUCGUAGCAGCGAGAUUUUUUAUCGUGCAUGCUCGUAUCACUGGAGUCGAUGUGCCGAAGAACAUCGAUCUGAUAAUGUAUAGUCUUCGGGUCUGUGGGCAGCGAUGGAACCUAGCUCGUAAGUUUCUGUUCAUUUUCGGCGAAGAUGUUGGCAUUAUCGCGUGUGACUUUGAAGCCUAA